UACAUGGGUGAGAAUUAUUAUCAAGAUUCUGUGAUGGUAACUUGGAAAGGAUUUGAGUAUCAACUAGUGAAGAUUAUCACUAUUUUCACUACCAUUGAUUUUUCAAAUAACAAUUUUCAUGGAGAGAUUCCAGAAGUAAUUGGGAAGCUUCAUGCUCUUCGUCUUCUCAAUCUUCCUCAAAACAACCUAAUAGGUUGUAUCCCACCAUCUAUUGGGAAUAUGAGUGACUUGGAAUCCUUAGACCUUUCUUCAAAUAAGUUAGUUGGGAAAAUUCCUCGGCAAUUGACCAAAUUGAAUUUUCUUGGAUUUCUCAAUUUGUCAAAAAACCAUCUCAGCGGACCCAUACCUCGAGACAACCACUUCGAUACCUUUCCAAACAAUUUAUAUGAUGGGAAUUUGGCAUUAUGUGGAUUUCCUCUGUCAAACACAUGUGAAACUUAUGAGAAGACACCACAACCACUCUCAAAAUCAGAUGAUGGAGAAUCUUCAAAUGGUUUUGGUUGGAAAGCAGUAUUGAUUGGCUACAAAUGUGGAAUGGUAUUAGGAGUUACGAUGGGAUAUCUUGUGUUCUCAACAGGAAAGCCUCUGUGGGUUAUAAGGAUUGUUGAAGGAAGACAACCUGAAGAGGGGAGAAGGUUGAACAACAAACGUGGAAGAAGAAGUACUUAAUUGAUUCAAAAAGUUCUCAUGGAUUUGUCCUCAGUUCUACCACCGGAAGUUCCAAUGCUGCAGCCAUCAAUGAUACACAGGAGCACUCGUUGGUACCAACUCACCAAUUAU